GGAUUCCCAAUCUUCUGUCAAAUAUAGUUAAUUCUAUUUCCGCCUUCCCAGAUUAUAUAUAAUAACAUUUCCUUCAUUUCUCCCCCCCCCAAAUGUCUCACUUAGCAAUGGAAAUUUGAGGCUCCUGGUGGUCAUAAGCCGAGGACCGCCUGUAUUUGUUGUUUGUUCCUUUAAAGCUUUCAUCCAGAGAGAACAAAACUAGAUUCUGUGAAUUGGAGUUUUGAAGGUUUUUUUUUUUUUCCCUUUUCCAUUCUGCUUUGUUGACUCAUGGACUUUUUAGCUGAUGUAGCAGAGCUGCAGAUGUUCACUGAGGUUUUUUUUUCCUUUCUUUGUGAGAAGAAACCAAGAUAGGUUGGUGGGAGGUGAAUUAAACCCAUGCCAAAGUUAAGGUGGUUCUUUUGCGAAACUUAAAACGCUUUUGUUAACGUCCAGGACUGCUAACUUUCUUUAAAGAAAAACAAAAACGAGUUGCUAAAGUAAACCAAAAGAGUUGCGUUGAACAGCUGGACAAAUAUAUUUCUUUUUAUUUUCAUUUUGUUCCAGGCAGGAAACUCUGUUUCUUCCUUCAAUCUUUCCCAGAAGCAAAUGCAAAAGACUGAAACGAUCUUAAAGGCCACUGAGUAAUAAUAAUAAAUAAUACAAAGGGCUUUAACUUUAUUAAACAACAUCGGUCGGUCCCAGGUCCUUGGGAAGGACUCAGUAGAGGAACACAAAAUGCUAUAUCCAGCUAAAACAUCUCACUGACUUUGUGACCAGCCAUAAUAAUAAUAAUAAUUUGAAAUAUAAGGUAUGGGUUGUUGUUUUCUGUUUUGUUUAGUUUUGCAAUCGUAGGCAUGUGGGAGUGCAAUGCCCAUCAUGUCGAGCGCUUGCUGCGAUGGUUUCUAACCUCGUGAGAAUCCUCUUCUCUCUUUCGUGCAAUUAGACAUGGAUAUGACCCUGCCCGCCUGGUGUUGGGUGUUGUUGUUGUUGCUUUUAAAAGAAAAAACAAAGCUUCUAGCCCUCAAGGCUGAAGAUCUGAAUGUUUGAAAUUGUAGGGAAAUGAGCAGCUGCAGAAGCUUACAAAUAAGCCCCUUGCACAGUUUCCGCUACUCUUACGAUGAGUUUGUGUGCCUCGAGCGUUUGUGAAGGGACCUAAAAAUACCGUAGCCGGAGUAACACCAAACAAAAGAGCACAAUUAUAUAACAGGAACGGAAGGUGGUUGAAUAAGAGGAAACUGUGAUUCAUUUGAAGACUUCUCUUUAGGCAAAUCUAAACCCCCCCCCCCGCCGCUGCCGCUCUUCUCUCUCUUUUUCUCUUCCAAAAUACUGAGACAUGUUUUGCUUGCGUUUUCUGUGCGUGCACAAGGAGGUGGUGCGAUCUUACUGCAAGCUCUGAGUUCGAAAACGGGAGGAAAAUAAGUCCUCAACUUUCGUUUGAGCAACCGUUCCAAGGGCACUGAAUAAAGGGACUUGCAACUCAUUCUCCUACUUAACGACCGUCGCAGCCUUCCCCAGGGUCACGUGAUUUACAUUCGGACACUUGGCAACUGACUCGUUGGCAUUUACAGGACGUUCUCCUUUUUCUCCUUCCGCGCUAACAACCGCCCUGCCAGGUAGGCUCGGCAGGACCCCACGGAGCGUGCCCGAAGUGGCCCAGCAAAUUUUGCGGCGAGGUGAGAAAGCUGAGCCUCCGGCUUUAUGCGGCAAAAGCCAGCCCCAUCAUCCCCUCGGCACAGCUGCCGGCCUCUCGUGCUUCAUUAUGUCAAUCAGGGAUUUUUGGCUGCAGAUCUCAGCAUCCAUCCAUCCAUCCGUCCGUCCUGCCAAAAUUUAGAUAUUAAGCAGAGCUCAACUCAGGAGAUCGGAGAAGAGUUCGAAGAUGGUGUGAUUUACAGUAUUUCUCUCCGCAAAGUUCAGCUCCAUCACACAGCUAACAAAGGCCAGCGGUGGCUGGGGUUUGAGAACGAGUCAGCCUUAAACCUCUACGAGACGUGCAAAGUGCGGACGAUCAAAGCCGGCACCCUGGAGAAGCUAGUGGAAUACCUGGUCUCGGCGUUCAAAGGCAACGAUUCCACCUACGUGACCAUCUUCCUCUGCACGUACCGGGCCUUUGCCACCACCAAACAGGUCCUGGAUCUGCUCCUCAACCGGUAUGGGAAGUUCAACCUCCAAGCCAACGGAGACCACCCCAGGCACGCGGUGGACGAGAAGCUGGAGUUGAAAAACACCAUCUCCUCCAUCCUGGGAGCCUGGCUUGAUCAAUACUCCGAAGACUUCCGGAAGCCUCCCGACUAUGCCUGCCUUAAGCAGCUGAUCAUUUACGUCCGGCUUAAUAUCCCCGGCUCGGAUUUGGAGAGGCGAGCGCGAAUCCUCUUCACCCAGUUCCAGCAACAGGAGCGUGCCGAGGCUGAAACAGAAGCUGUGGAUCAUCCCACCUGCACGCUGAGGUUAGAGCCGGAGAAUGGACUGAGCGAAGGCAGGUCGGAGUUCCUCUCUUUUCCUCCAGAGAUGGCGGCUGAGCAGUUCACCCUAAUGGAUGCUGAGCUCUUCAAGAAAGUGGUGCCUUAUCACUGCCUCGGUUGCAUCUGGUCUCAGCGGGACAAGAAGGGGAAGGAGCACCUGGCGCCCAGCAUCCGGGCCACCGUCUCCCAGUUCAACAGGGUCACCAACUGCGUCAUUGCCACCUGCCUCGGGGACAGGACGCUGAAGCCCCAGCUGAGGGCCAGAGUGGUGGAGCGAUGGAUCGAAGUCGCCCGGGAAUGUCGCAUCCUCAAGAAUUUCUCCUCCCUCCGAGCCAUCCUUUCUGCUCUCCAGUGCAACGUAGUUCACAGGCUGAAAAAGACGUGGGACGAGGUGUCACGGGAGAGCUGCCGCAUGUUCCAUGAGUUAUCCGAAAUCUUCUCGGAUGAGAACAACCACUCCUUGAGUCGGGAGCUGCUCAUUAAGGAAGGGACCUCCAAGUUUGCCACGCUGGAAAUCAACCCCAAAAGAGCUCAGAAGCGCCAGCAGCAGCAACGGGAAAUGGGUGUAAUGCAAGGCACCAUCCCUUACCUGGGCACCUUUCUGACCGACCUAGUGAUGCUGGACACGGCCAUGAAGGAUUAUUUAGACGGAGGCCUGAUCAACUUUGAGAAAAGGAGGAAGGAGUUCGAAGUCAUCGCCCAGAUCAAGUUGCUUCAGUCGGCUUGCAAUAAUUACAGCUUCAAGAAGGACGAGCGGUUUGGGUCUUGGUUUCACGGCGUGGAACGGCUUAGCGAAGCCGAGAGCUACAGCCUUUCGUGUGAGAUCGAACCCUUGUCGGAAUCAGCCAGCAACACGCUGAAGGCCAAGAAGAACACCGGCAUCAUUAAGCGGUGGAGCGACCGACAGGCCCCCAGUACUGAUUCCUGUGCCAGCGGCAGCUCUCACUCCAAGUCCUUUGACCAGCUGAAGUGCGGCCCCUACCUCUGCAGCAGCGACGGGGCGGAUUCGGCCAGCAUCACCUCGGCGGGCUCCAGCAGCUCCGACGUGGAAGAAAUCAACAUCAGCUUCGUUCCCGAUUCGCCCGAGGUUCAAGAGAAGAAGGUACAGGACCACGGCUCGCUGGGAUCCACUCCUGCCCAGGGGGUCAAGCAGCAGUUUUGGGAAUCUACCUCGUUGUCCUCCUUGGAUACAUCGGGUGUUGGGUCAAGUUCAAGCAGCGCUUCAUCAUCGUCCGUCUCCUCCACGCCGGUGACAGUGUCCCGUACGCACAAACGCAGCGUCUCUGGCAUUUCGAGCUAUUCCUCUCUCUCGUUACCUCUUUAUAACCAGCAGAUCGACGAUUGUUGUAUCAUCCGGGUCAGCUUGGCGGUGGAUAACGGAAACAUGUAUAAAAGUAUUUUGGUGACGAGCCAGGAUAAAACCCCGGUGGUGAUCCGCAAAGCUAUGGCCAAACACAAUCUGGACGGGGAUCGGCCGGAAGAUUAUGAACUCAUCCAGAUCAUCUCAGAAGAAAGAGAGCUCAAAAUUCCCAACAACGCCAACGUCUUUUAUGCCAUGAACUCAGCUGCCAACUACGACUUCGUGCUCAAGAAGCGCGGCUUCUCCAAGGUGAUCAAAAUCAAGCACGGAUCCAGCUCAACUCUACCCAGGGUGAAACAGAAAGGCUUGAAAAUCGCCAAAGGCAUCUUCUAACAUCGUGCGUGUGUGUGUGUGUGUAGGGAGGGUGUCUCCCUCUGCCACUGACUCUCCAGGUUGCAGUCCCUCCUGUCUUAAGCCACGUGGGAAUGUGAGGAUGACGCUGCCUCUAGUUGCGUAGCCUCGGAUUUUCGCCCGGGAACUUAGGAACACCGUUGAGGUCACUCAAGAGGUUGACGGCUUCUUCAGAGCCAAGCUUCUGCAGACUUCUGAGCGUGUGCGGGAUGUGUUGGCAGAAGCUGGUUCUUGCCUUUAAAAAGAUGUGUAUUGCUGUUUUCUUUUUUGCCCUCCGAUCUGGGAAGGAUUUUUAGCUUUUUUUUUUUCAAAAACAAAACAAAGAAUUCCACCUCUCAAGGUCUAAGGACUGCUUAGCCUCCGGCUGCGUUGACUUCCCCACCCACCGUUCUGCCUUAUCGUUCUAUUGACCAACGAGGGUGGUGCUCUCCUCCCGCCGUGACGUACCAGAAGAGCGAGGGAUGUGGGAUCAGGUCCCCUUUUGCCGAUGGUGCAAAGACUCAUCCUUUGAGAUGCUCCAGAGGGAUUGAAGUGCACUUUUGUGGUCUAGGAAAGAGGGAUUUCCCAUGCUUUGGGGCAAAAAGGGGUGGCUGAAGAUGGACUUUGGGGUGCCAGACCAAGCCACCAGACAAUUAACUUCUCCAUUUUGUUUUUGUUUUUUUGUUUUUAUUACCUGGCCUUUUUUAUUUCCUUUAACAAGAACCUGCACCAAAGAUCUAACAGCACUGUUUAUUUUAUUUUAUUUUAUUUGGUCGUCAGACCUUCUGCCGACACACUAGAAGUAAAAGACACUUCGCUUUUGUACAGACACGUGUAAAUAAAAUUUGUGGAUUGGACACAGGGAUAGCGGUAAAGUGUGGGGGCCACUCCUCGCCCUUCAAUUGACGAUCCUAACCCGGACGGACAAAUGCCACUUUUGCGUUUUCGCGGACUUCAGCCUGACUACGAAGUGGCUUCUGUGACUGAGGAUGCUCAGAUAUUUUUUUUUUUUUUGUAAAAAAAAAGCCGCCACAAGAAUCGACCCAUCCUUCUGAAUUUACUAAUUCCCUCGAUAUUUAUUGUUUGUAAAUAGCCCAGCUGGAUUUAUACAUUUUACUAACCCCGUCUAAAAAAAAAAAAUCCAUCAAGUUCCCUUUUUUUUCCGUUUUAAAAAGGCUUUUGAGGGAGGGGGGCAUGUAGGUGUGCAAGGAAGGUGUUUUUCACACGUGGGUUGUUUCGAGAGAGAGUUUCUUGGUUCGAGUGCCAAGAGCUGGAGGUGAGGAAUUCAGGCACGGAGGCAUAGAGAAAUACCCCUGCUUUCGUUUUUUUAAAAACCCGUGGAGGCUUCCAGGCUUGAUAGAUUCAUCCUUAAAACUACAAAACAACAACAACAAAACACACAACCCCACAGGGAUAAGCCGCUGUUUUUCAAAAGGGCUUUUUUUGCACUCUGUGCCAAGAGGCAACUAGGAGGCGAGGAGUAUUCUAAGAGAGGGGGAGAGCAUGGCUCACCCCUUCGUCCCGACGCCUCGAAUCCACGCAGAGAAAUCUGGAUUUUGCGAGGAAAACAAAUGCAAGGCUUUUUAUCCCUUGCCGAUACCCGACGAUCCGGGUUUCUCGGCAAGCAUCCUCUGGCCCAAUUUGAAUCUAAAAGCGGUGUCAAUGCAAACGCAAAUGAAAAAUCUCUGAGUUUCCAAGCCAUCAUCUGCCUGGACGGGCAACUUCUCAGUGUUAGGAUGCCAAAAAAAAAAAGGAUGCUUUUUCUAGCCUGUUUAACAGGAAGAUGCUUAAGAGUUUGGUUUUUUUCCCCUCUGCCUAUGAAGGAAAGCAUCGUCAUCCGGAAGGCGGAGAGGAAAUCCCUCAUCCCUCAUUUUUUUUGCCAUCUCUCCUCCUUCCCGAGUUUUCUGGGAUCUGUCGCUGUUAGGAAUUUAGGCACCCUGAAAAGACAAGGCUUAAUUUUUUUCCCCAAGUCUCGCUUGUUUACUUUCCUUGCCUUAAGGGGGUUUUGUGGCCUCCUGUUCAGGGCAACUUGGCUGGGAGGAAGGAAGGCGCUAAGGGGCUAUUUCUACCUGGAGGCUACCUUCUCUCUGUUGAUCAGCCAGGUGAGCACUUCCUUCCCCCCCCCAAAAAAAAAUUGGCAAGGGUCUGCCUUCCUUGCGACAACACGCUACGUCCCUUGGCGAUACCAAGAUGCUAUUAAAGGGGAGGCAAGCUUGCUGUUUUUUAAAGUAUUUUUACCUUUUUAUUUUGUCCCUGCUGGAGAUUGGCGUCAGGAGACAGCCUCCAGCAGAUUCCGCAGCCGUAAGGGUGUGUGUGUGUGUGUGUGUGUGUGUGUGUGUCUGGGUGGCUGAGUGAACUCUGUAGGCGAGGUCUGUUUUUGUACCGAUUUCCGUGGAAGUAGCAGACUAAUGCUGGGCAAUGUGUGUACGGCAAUGUCAGUAGCCUUUUCGAUUAAAAGAGAAACUAGA